AGAUCUCAGCCGUUGAUCUUUAAGUAGCUUAGCUCACUUUAGGGUUUAUAUUUUGAGCUCCAUUACAAUUGCUUCUCUUCUCUUUAAGCAAUAGCCGUCGCGGUCCUCUCCCUCUCUCUUUCUCUCUUCACUCGCAGAUUGAGUUGCAUCAAUGGCCUUUGUCAAGGCUCAGAAGAGCAAGGCUUACUUUAAGCGGUUUCAGGUCAAGUUUAAGAGAAGAAGAGCGGGAAAGACUGACUAUAGAGCUAGGAUUCGCCUGAUCAAUCAGGACAAGAACAAGUACAACACUCCUAAAUAUCGCUUUGUUGUGCGAUUUUCCAACAAGGACAUUGUUGCACAAAUCGUAUCAGCUAGUAUUGCUGGCGAUUUGGUCCUAGCUUCUGCCUAUUCUCAUGAGCUUCCUCAUUAUGGACUUGAAGUGGGUCUUACAAACUAUGCAGCAGCUUAUUGCACUGGACUUCUUUUGGCCCGUCGUACCUUGAAAAUGCUUGAAAUGGAUGAUGAAUAUCAGGGCAAUGUGGAGGCCACUGGAGAAGACUUCUCAGUUGAACCAACAGACAACAGGAGGCCAUUCCGUGCUUUACUUGAUGUUGGACUUAUCAGAACCACAACUGGAAACCGUGUCUUUGGUGCUCUCAAGGGGGCUCUUGAUGGUGGUUUAGAUAUACCACACAGUGAUAAGAGGUUUGCUGGUUUUACUAAGGAUAACAAGCAACUAGAUGCUGAAGUUCACCGCAAGUAUAUUUAUGGUGGUCAUGUUGCUGCAUAUAUGAAGACAUUAAUGGAGGAUGAACCAGAGAAAUACCAGACUCACUUCAGUGAAUAUGUCAAGAGGGGAAUUGAGCCAGACAACUUGGAGGCAUUAUACAAGAAGGUUCAUGCUGCAAUUCGUGCUGAUCCUACUCUGAAGAAAAUAGAGAAGCAACCACCAAAGGAACACAAGAGGUACAAUUUGAGGAAGUUGACGUAUGAGGAAAGGAAAGCCAAGUUGAUCGAACGAUUGCAAGCUCUCAAUUCUGCUGCUGAUGAAGACGAUGAUGAUGAGUAAACAUACUAGAUCAGCAAUUGAGCUUAAAUAUGUCAAAAUUUUUCCUAGUACACAUGCUACUUAAAAGUCCUAUUUGGGAACCAAGUUUUUUGAAGUUAUUUUUGUUUAUUGCUUCGUGCAUUUUAGCUGUGUGAACUAUAUUACCUUUUUGAUGACAAGACUUUGGAUAUUUAGCCUGGUAUGAAAUGCAAUUUCAGUUUUGACAUGAUAA